AUGCCACAAGGAAUCCUUCACACGCCAAAUGAAACGGUAUUUAAUUUGAAAAGACCUCCCAGAACGAUGUCAAUCAAGACAAAGCAGUACUUUGCAUGCAUAUUUUCUUUCUGCAUUCUCAUCUACCUUGCUUUAUACUUCUACGUGCUACCAUCGGAGGUAUUGAUUGACGAGCAGUAUGGACGAGGUCUCGAUGAGGAUUUGUUGAAUCAAAAGAGAGGAUUAGAAGAAUCAAUCAUUUCUCAAGAAUGCUCACCAGUGACAGAUAAUUGUUAUGUUGUGGUCGAUAAAAAAGUGGAAACAGACCUCGGACAAAUGGUGGAACGUCAUAUGUAUGUUAAGGGAUUUGAAGACGAGAGCGAUACGAUUGUAAGGCUGAUUCCACAAGGCGACAGAACCUUCGAGUAUUCGGACACUCGGAUGUGGAAAAUCGAUCAUCUCUCAAUCCGUGCACAAUAUAUCGCAGCUCUCAUCAGUGCUCCAUUCAUUGUUUCUGCAUUAUCAUUGGUGGAUUCGGAUAAUGACGGAAAAACGAUACUGGAAAUUGGAUUGGGAGGCGGUAGCUUGGAUAUGUUUCUUCAUCAAUUGAAUCCUAAGUUGAAUAUAACUGCAGUGGAGUUAGAUCCAGUGGUAGUAAGCCUAGCUCAAAAAUGGUUUAACGUGGUGAAUGACAACACGCGGAGAACGAUAACAACAGAUGGAUUGGAAUUCAUCAAACUAGCAGAGAAAAACGGCGUUAAAUACGACGUGGUAUUUCUUGAUGCGUGUGACAGUUCAAAAAGCAUCCCAUGCCCAUCAAAAGUCUUCAGAAACCAGGAAGUGUACAGCUCGUUGUCAUCAAUAGUUGGUAGUACAGGCGCAUUAGUUGUCAACAUUCUCUCACAAAGUGAACACGGUGUAGAAGUUGAUCAGAUUGUUGAGGAUCUUUCUCAAUAUUUUGGGUCCUGUUUGAAAGUUUCGAUUACGGACGAAGUGAAUGUGAUUGCCAUUUGUACAAAACAAGCAAUAACAGAUAGUACAUCAAAUACCGAUUUUUUGCGGAGAAGAGCCAAUGCAGUCACAAUGCGACUGGGCUUGCAGGACGUCUUAAAAACAAUCAAGAUGAAUUAG